AUGGCCCAAGCGUCUCGCUGUGGUGGCCUUCUGCCUCCGCUGGCUGCCGUGCCGCCGUUACGGGCGCAGCCCGGGGGCGCCGAGGAGGAGCAGUGGCAGAGAAAGCGGGCAGGCGCUCUCCGCGGGGACGUUCGUGGCCGGCCGGGGCUGCCGGUUGCCCGGAGCAUCCUCUGCCAGGACCCUCGGCCUGACGGGGCUCCGAAAGAGCAGCCGUGGUGGGUGGCGCCGGCGGACGCAGGAGAGCACAGUGAAGCUGGCGCUGUAGACUGGGGGCGGGAGCUGGCAGCUGGCGGCCUGAUUCCUCCGGCGCUACGGCGUCUCAGGGCUGUGUUGCUGCGGCUGCAGCGCGAGCGGGAGCAGCUCCUCCAAGCGCGGGAUUGCGCCCUCCACCUACAGGCGGCCGUGCGCUUCCUGAGGAUCCUGAGUCCCGGCGCUCCAUCUCCCAGCCACGGCCUCUUGCUUCAGCUGUGCCGCGACCUGCUACAGCACCUUUCCGGAGGGGCGAUCCUGCGAAGCAGGCUUCUGGAGAUGCCCCACCCGCUACUCCUGGCACGCCCCGUCGGACUAGCAGCCCAGCGCUUGGAUGCUACUGUCGAGAUGCGGCUUCGGGCUCUGGGCCGGGCGCCCGCCACCCCAGCCCUAUCGUCCCAACUCGCCGACCUGCUGCUGGCACUUCCGGCGUACCACCAGCUGCAGGGGAAAGCCUUCAGCCAAGUCCCAGCAUCAGCGGGCCCGUAUCCCCCCUGCCGUGUGCUUCGCCUCCUGACGGGGGAGCGGGGUUGCCAGGUGGCAAGUUGGCUGGAUGAGGCGCUCAAGGGAUCUGGUUUGAGGGACCAGCUCCUCAGACGGUGCCAAGAGGAGCGGGAGCUGUUGCCAGGGCUACUGGGCCUGUUGGGGGGCGUGACAGGUUCAGCCAGCAGUGAACUGGGGCUUGGAGGGGCCGGAGCUUUGUGGAGCCAGUACUGGACCCUGCUGUGGGCAGCCUGUGCUCAGAGCCUGGACUUAAGUCUAGGACCCUGGAGGGACCCCAGGGCAGCGGCACAGCAACUGAGUCAGGCACUGGGUCAGGCAUCACUGCCUCAGGAGUGUGAGAAGGAGCUGGCUUCUUUGUGUCGCAACCUAAUUCAUCAGUCUCUUAUUUGGAGCUGGGAUCAAGGCUUCUGCCAGGUCUUGGGAUCUGCUAGUGGAAAUCAGAGCAGCCUUCCCUCAUCCUCUUGUACCACCAAACUUUUACAACAGCUCUUCCCUCCUCUCUUGGAUGCCCUCCAGGAGCCCAGGUCAGGACUUCUCCUCUGCGGGCCACCAGGUCCUGCACCCCUUGCCCUGGGGCUCUGUACCCUGCAGACUACCUUGCUCUGGUUUUGGAGCAGAACUCAGCAGCAUCUGGCAGCGUGGGCCCCACGUUCCUUCCUGCUCCUGAUCCAGGACUUACCUCCUCUACUGCAGGAGGCAGAAGCUUUGUCUCGCCUGGCCUCAGAGGAAAGCUUGGCUCUGGAUGUGGAGCAGCAGCUGGGCCUGGAGAUCCGGAAGCUGACUGUGCAGAUCCAGCUCCUGCCUGAAGAGUCACUGAGUCUCUUUUUUCAAGAAUGUCAUAAACAAGCCACACAGGACUUCGAACUCCACAUGCCACGGGGUCGGUACUGGCGGCAUCGUCUGUGUCCUGAACUUCCCAGCAUUCCUAGUGAGUAUGCUGGGUUGGUAGUCCGCAGGGUACUGGAGCCUGUGUUGCAAGGACUGCACGGACUGCCACCCCAAGCCCAGGCCCCUGCCCUGAGCCAGGCGCUGACCGCCAUCCUGGGUGCCUGGCUUGACCACAUCCUCUCUCAUGGGAUCCGCUUCAGCCUGCAGGGGGCGCUGCAGCUCAGACAAGACUUUGGAGUGGUCAGGGACUUGCUGGAGGAGGAGCGGUGGGGCCUGUCCCCAGAACUUCGCCAGACUCUGUUCAUGCUCAGCAUCUUCCAGCGGCUGGAUGGGGCCCUGCUGUGUCUGUUGCAGCAGCCCCUGCCCAAGACUCAAGUCCAUAGGAGGCUUCCCCGUUGCUGUGCAUGUAAUGAGGUUCAGACCAUGGAAUUGCCCAGCAGCAGCCUCAACAGCCUGGAGAGCUUGGAGCCCCCUCUUCGGCCUGGAGUAUUUCCAACCCAGACAGCUCAGCUGCUAAGCACACUGUGGGGAGGAGGACCUAGCCCUGAUGCCUACUUGCACCGCGAACACCGGCGGAGAAUCUGCACCGAGCGGAGGUCCGUGACUGCGGAAGUGCACCGCGGCUCACAGACUCUCGCACCAGAGACACUUCCGCCAGCCAAGAGUCCUUCCGGGGCGGAUGUCACCAUGGCGGCGGCCUUGGCUCGGCUUGGGCUCCGCUCGGUCAAGCAGGUUCGGGUUCAGUUCUGCCCCUUCGAGAAGAACGUGGAAUCGACGAGGACCUUCCUCCAGGCGGUGAGCAGCGAGAAAGUUCGCUCCACGAACCUCAACUGCUCAGUGAUUGCGGACGUGAGGCACGACGGCUCCGAGCCUUGCGUGGACGUGCUGUUCGGAGAUGGGCAUCGCUUGAUUAUGCGCGGCGCUCACCUGACCGCCCAGGAAAUGCUCACUGCUUUCGCCUCCCACAUCCAGGUCAGGGGCGCGGCGGCGAGCGGGGACAAGCCUAGCGCCAGUACCGGGCGCUGACAGCACAGAAGAGACCAGUCAACAGAUUUUAACCCAAGACUGCUAAGGACACUUAAUUAAGAAGGACUUAAUUACUUAUAUCAUUAUCUGGAGAGCCACAGAACGCCAAAAAAAAAAAAAGAAAGAAAGAAAGAAAGAAAAGAGGCCUGUGACUACAAACCUAACCAGUGUUUCUGGGACGAGGAAAGACGAGGGGUGCGGACAAAUUUGAAUUUAUUUCAGUUUCUUACCAUCACUCACUGCUUAACCCUUUUGAAUGUGGCUUCUCCUUCCACUACUCAAGGUACCUCUUACUCUAUUAGAAAUGCUGUUUUCUCAGUCCUCAUCUUUCCAUUUCAGUCGCAUUUGCCACUCUUAAUUCACUCCUUGUGGAACUUCUCUUCCUCUCGGGUCCCUUGUCUUAACCAUAAAGGUGUACUACUCUCCUUUCUCUUAUUUUUGGGGCAUCUUGUCUUCUGUCAUGACUUGAACUAUCCUCUUGGGUUAAAUCCUAUAUUUCUGCUGGGCUCUAAUCUUAACUUCUGUGCUAUAUAGUCAGGGUACCUACUACCAAUUUUCGCCAAAUUCCAGCAACACUUUUUGUCCAAAAUAAAACUGAUAAUCUUGCAUACUGUCUAUAAUGAUCCUUGAACAACUGCAGGGGUACUCGUAUAUGCCUAUUUUUAAAAUAAAUACUACAUGAUCUGUGGUUGUUUGAAUCUGCAGUUGUGGAAUCAUGGAUGGCGACUGUAAAGUUAUCCCCCCUCCCACUUCUCAACGCUGAAGGAGUGGAGCCCCUAACUCCCUUCCCCACCCUCAUUGUUUUAGAGUCAACUGUACUUGCCUCUUCUGACUUCCUUGUUCCUUUAAAAGGCACUUCAUCUGCUCAGCCUCGAGCUGAAAACCACAGCUUUAUAUCUGGUUCUGCCCUCUCCCUUUCCCUGCAUAUCCAGUCAGUAAGUUCAGAAUACUUUGUCUUAAAAUCUCCUGAAAUGUUCUCUCCAUUCCCAUUCAUGCUCUUGUAUUAUUGCUGUAUUCUCUCACCUGGUCUCCUUUUUUUUCUAACCAUUUUCAUUCCUUAAUUUUAUCUUUCCAAAGCAUUGGUUUUAUGUCUUACUACUACUUGUUUCUGGAAAAGGAAAUGGCAACCCACUCCAGUAUUCUUGCCUGGAGAAUUCCAUGGACAGAGGAGCCUGGUGGGCUACAGUCAGUCCAUGGGGUUACAAAGAGUCAGACACGACUGAGUGACUAACUUUUCACUACUUGUUUCAGAGAACAGUGCCUAAAGUGUUUUUCAUACUAGGUUAGGCUGUGGAUCAUGAAGUUAAUUUAGGGGGUUUUAAAUCAGCCUUUAAAAAAAACAGUAAAAUAGAAUAAAAAGUAUUAGAGUGCAUGGCACAUGGACUGGGAAGUAUUCUUUAAGAAACCUAGGUUUUAAGCAUAUAAUCAUGAAUAUAAUUAUAUAAAGUG